CCCCAGCUGGCAGAGCGGGCCUGGAGGCGGGCCAGGGUGCAAUGGAGGCAGGGGGCUCCCCAGGUUUGGAACAAAGACCCCUCUGGCAGGUCCCCUGAACCUGAGCAGGCAGGAUGGUUGUGGAGCCUGAGAAAGGUCACAGGCAGGAUGGCUGGUGCUGAACGGAGCUGGCGGUGACCUUUGGGCCUCCAGUGGCAGCUCUGUCUCCUAAAGAUGAAGUGGCCCAGGUGAAGCCCAGGCCACACUCAAUGGCCAGCUCAGGGACUGAGACCCACUGGACUAGGCCCGGCCUGGGAAAGGGGCCCCAACGGCGGCGCUGGGCCUGGGCCAAGGAGGAGAAGAAUGCAGAUAGAAGUGGCAUGAAAGACUGGGACGAAGAAGGACCCUCUGCCAGUGCCUCUAGCCCCGAGCUCCUGGAGGACUUUCGCCUGGCCCAGCGGGGCCUACUGCCCCUGGAAUGGGACCCAAACCUGCAGCCUGAGGGACAUCAGGACUCUGAGGCAGGGGAGUCUUCAGGAGAGAUUGAAGCAGAGGAUGUGGGCAGCCCAGAAAGUUCCAGCUUGCCUCUCCACUGGCUCCCCCAGCAGGACCGUCACUUGGACAUGGCUGAAGAGGAGCAAGAUGGGGUCCUCGAAAGUUCUGAGGUUGAGGAAGCUGGAGAGGACUCCCCAAAGACAUGUUCUGUGGCCAGUCUCAGCUCAGAGAGUGAUGGGAACCCCAGCCCUGUGGCCCUGGGGCAGGGGCAGGCCAGAAGCUGGGGGGUCUCUGACAAACAAGCCGGUGGAAACAAACCUUUAGAACAUUCUGAGGUCGACCUGUUCGUUGAACUCUGCCCCACAAGGUCUUGGAGCAGUGAGACUAUGAUCCUUGACCACCCUAAUAAUGGCCUUGACUCCACCUGGGAUGGGGAGACCAAUGUCCCCCAGCCCACUGCCCUGGCAGACACCUUGCCACAGAUCCCCAGCCACUUCCUAAACCCAGACGAUAGAACUGGAGGCAGCGUUGCUUGGGCAACCUCCAUGGAAUUCCAGGACCCCUCGGUAGCCCCAGCCCAGAGCCCCCACCAUGCCACAGACAGAUGGAGGAAAGGAACUCCCAGCCUCUCCUGCCCUCGGGCUGAUGACCAAACCUGGAAGCAGACAAAGAUAUCACCUAAGCCACUCCCUUCCCGAUUCACUGGCUCCAUCGGCCCCCUGAAUCCUCAGCCUAGGCCAGUCCAGCAGGACAGGCCAUCACCCAGGCAGGGAGCCACUCUGGCUGGCCGCUCCACUUCUGAUGCCCCCAAGUAUGGCCAAGGGCGGCUGAACUACCCACUCCCUGAUUUCUCCAAGGUGGAGCCCCGGGUGCGGUUUCCCAAAGAUGAAAUCUACCGUCCCCCCAAGUCCCGUAGUCACAAGCACCCUGAAGACCCCGGCAGACCCCUCAUCUUCAAGUCACCGGCAGAGAUUGUGCAGGAAGUGCUGCUGAGCAGUGGAGAAGCAUCCCUGGUGAAGGAGCCGCCACCUGUCCACCCUGUCACUAGGGUACCCCAAGAGUUCCAGACACCAGAACAAGCCACUAAGCUGGUCCAUCAGCUCCAGGAAGACUACCACAAGCUCCUCACCAAGUAUGCAGAGGCAGAGAAUACCAUCGACCAGCUGCGCCUUGGGGCCAAGGUGAACCUGUACUCAGACCCGCCCCGGCCCAGCCACAACAUCCACACAGGAACAGUGCCCCAGGGGACCAAGGUCUUGUCCUUCACCAUCCCACAGCCCCGCUCAGUGGAGUGGUGGCCGGGCCCUGCUGAGGAUGCCCAGGCUUCUGAGGCCUCAGGGUGGUCGUUGACUGGAAGAGACCUGAGCCCCUCCUCGCCUACCAUCGUGCCCAUCCCAGGGCAGCUCCCGGAGAACCGAGGCAAUGCCCAGGACCAGCCCUCAGCAGAGCGGACUCAGGCACUGGCUUCUCAGGUCAGCCAGUUCCUGGCCAAGAGAGGUAGCCAGGGCUGGCAGCCUCCAGAGGGCCCCAGCCCCAGCUGCUCUCUAGUCCCAUGGCUUCCCACAAAUUGUCUCAUCCACUGUGUCUACAGAGACGGGGUUAGUGGGCUGAGCACUCAGGCCUCCCUGGUCUGGUUUCAGGGCUUCCAGCAGCUGAAAGAUGCCCACGCAGCCCUAGAGGAAGAGUACCUGAAGGCCUCCAGGGAGCAGUACCUUGCCCAGCAGCCUACCAGCUCCAAGGGGACACCUGGGGAAUUUGAUCCUAGCAGGGAGCUGGAGGCGGAGAUAUACCACCUGGGAAUUUGCCUGGAAGAGCUGAAAGACCACAUGAACCAGACCCAGCAAGAGUCUGAGCCAUCCAGGUCAGACCCAGCUCUGGACAGCUCCCUAGCCACACCCCUCUCCCACCAGCCAACACAUCUGCCUGCUCCCUCGGAACAAGCCCCCACACCAGCCUUCAAGACCCUCUACCCUAAGCCUGACGCUGCGACCGCUGGCUCCUGCUCAGAGAACGUGAAGGUGAGCUCUGACAGCAGUGAGGUAGAGGAGAGGCCUCAGGACCUCCCGGCCUCACUCAGGCACAAGGAGCUGCACGUGGAGCAAGAUUUCCCCGGCCUCCUGGAGCAGUAUCUCAGUGUGAAGUCUCUCCCAGAAGCCAUGAGGAUGGAGGAGGAAGUAGAGGAGGGAGAAGAGGAGGAGGAGGAGGAAGGCCACACCCUGGAAGUUGACGGGCUGUCUCUGGCUCCAGGAAAAGCAGAGGCCACCAGGGCUCCUCCCAGGCAGCACCUGGCACAGGCUAAGAAAAGUCGCAGGGCCCCCCUUGAGGAGGCCAUGGAGCAGAUAGUACCUGUGGAGCCACCAGGCUUCCAAACAUCCCUGGCCAGGGACAGGCAUAUGCUGGGCCCAUGUAAGGCCAAGGCAGCUCCCCCAGGCCCUGAGAUGCUACCCCACCCUCUGAGCGGCAAGUCCAUAGCAUCCCACCAGAGCAGUAUGACCAGCCUGGAGGGGAGCGGCAUCUCUGAGCACCUUCCACAGAAGUCUCUGCACCCACCUGGCAGACCCCACCCGGAGGAGACCUGGAUGGCAUCCCCAGAGACAGACAGUGGCUUUGUGGGCUCAGAAACCAGCAGAAUAUCACCUGUUACCCAGACCCCAGAACACCGGAUCUCACACAUCAGCAGCUCAGGAACAUUAACCCAGCCCUUCACUGCAACUACGCCCCUGCAUGGAGCUUCCCACCCCAAGGCCAGGCGUUCUCCAGUCCCCAGAAAAGCCGUGGAGCCCAGCACUCCUAGGACAAGAGCCCAGAGGCACCUCUCCACCGCAGGCAGGCCUCUCCAGCAGAGAGCACCCAGCUUCCGCCAGGAGCAGGCCUUGGUGGCCGGGAUGACAGUCCCUGGCUCAGAGUUCAAGGGACAAAAUAAGAUUUCUGAACAAGUGCCCUGCAGGACAAUCAACCCACCCCUCACCCCGGUCCCAACAGCUACUCCGGUGCCCCGUGGACCAGCCGAGACCACCCCCGACCUCCUCCUCACCAGGGCAGGGCGAGACCAGGCCAUCCGUGAACUGCAAGAAGAGGUGUCUCGGCUCCGUCUGCGGCUGGAGGACAGCCUGCACCGGCCGCACCAGCGCAGCUCUGCACACUCGGCAUCUGCUGUUGACCGCCCCACCCAGACCCGGGACCGGCCAGCAGAUUCCUUAACCUCCUGGAGUUCCCACUAUGGCAGUAAAUCCACAGAGAGGUUGUCUGGUGAGCCUGGAGGUGAAGAACAGACUAUCUCCUCAGGAAGGCAGCGACCCAGGUCCUCCUCAGUGCCUCGGGAGGUGCCCCGACUAUCCCUGAGUUCAGAAUCCGAGCCACCCUCCCCCCGACUGUGCUCUGAGAAGAGCAGGACCAGCCAGGACAGUCCACGGGCAGCUCAGGAUGGAAAGAGUGGGAUGGGGAGCACCAGACGUUCAGAUAGAGUCACCUUCCGGGGCCAGUACACAGGCCAGGAGUACCAUCUUCCAUCCCCUAAUACUGUCCCCAAAGGCAAUAGCACAGUCUCCUGUCCCCAGUGCCAGCCCAUUCGGACCCAGGAUGCAGUUGGUGCUGCCACCAGGGACCCACUGGGACCAGCUCCCACUGCUGCCCUUUGCUGUCCCCUGUGUGGUCGAGCCGGACCCACCCCAGAUAGCGCAAGCCCUGCCACCUCUGGUUCAGAGAAGGCAGCCACAAGGAAAAAUGCACCUGCAACUUCCAGCCUCAAGAGGAGGAGCAAGCAGACAGGGUCGCCGCCCUGGCCACCCCCUGGGCUGUGGUACCUGGCAGCCGCGCCCUCAUCACCAGCCCCUCCGGCCUUUGCCUACAUCUCCUCGGUUCCCGUCAUGCCUUAUCCAUCAGCCACUGUGUACUAUGCAGCCGCAGGACCUACCUCAGCCCCCUCAGCCUCAUCCCGGCCAGCCCGAGAACACCAGCGCUCCAUCCAGCUUGAUGACCUGGAGGACCUCAACAGGGCUCUGGGCCAGGCCAUCCAGGCUGCUGAAAGCGUCCGCUCUGCCACCAAGCAGAUGAGCCGCUCGCUGUCUGCCAACCUGCGCCAGGCUCGCAGCCCCCGGCGUUCCUGUCUCUUCUGACUCACUGGAGGCCCAGGGACAGAUGGCUGGGCAGAGGACCAGGAGGCGGCCAGAGCCACUGAGGCCCAGCAGGCCGCAUUGUUCCUUACCAGGGGUGUCUCCCUCCAGCACAGGCCUGGUCUGCUCAGUCCCAGUGUCUGAGUGGAGAGGGUGUCACCUGGUCACCAAAAGUGACUUGCUAGAGCCACAAGUUCCCCUGGCGGAGACACUGGCACCAAGCCUACCCUCAGCCCAGAUGGUCCCUCUGGCAGUCUCAUCUAGUCCUGUUCUUGUUCCCCUCAGCUAAUAAUAGGCAUUUUAUACAGAUGGACAUAUUUGUUUUAAAAUGGGGAAUUUUCCUGAUCUUGGACCCUCCGUAGGAGGGCAGAUAAGAAAGGAAAGGUCCAGAGUUUGGGAGCUAACUGUCCCUUGCCUGGGACAGCCACUCUGGGCAGGCAUCUCUGGGAAGGGCGUGGCUAAGGACCUUUCUCCUAGUGACUGGUGGUAUUUUUUUUUAGUGGGGCAUUUUAGGAUGUCAGGGUCCCAGUGUGGCACAUGCCUGGCUUCUCCACGAUGGCAGAGAGCUUUCCUGCAGGCCUGCUGGGACGGGGAUAGGCUAAAGAGGGCCCUCUCAGUACCUCAACCCAAGGCCCCGCCCUCCCCCACCCCCCAGGUUGAAGUGGCAUUGUUAGUGGCCAGCUACCUGCGAGGCACGGUCUGAGGCCAUGAGGCCAGGCCGCCUCCUGCUCCCCACCCCGUCGCAGCACGUACCUCAGCAUUUCUGGAAUGUGUGUGCACCAAUGAUAUUUGUAUAUUUGAGGCAUUUAAAAAUCUAUUUUCGUUACAAGAACAAAUGAAGAAGAAUGAAUAUUGAUCU